AUGGCGCCGCCUGCAGGAACAACCGGGACGGAGCUCUCUCGCAGACAGAGGAUCUAUGCCUUUGCUCUCGUAACGUCGCUCUUCUUUACUUGGGGCUUCUCGUACGGUCUUCUUGAUGUCCUGAAUGCCCAUUUUCAAACGGUAUUCGGGAUUUCAAAGUUGCAAAGUACUUUGCUUCAACUCGCGUAUUUCGGAGCAUAUUUUGUGUGGGCACCUUUUGCUGGCACAUUCAUGAGCCGGAUAGGUUACAAGAAAGGUAUCCAUAUUGGUCUCGGCCUGUAUUCAUUGGGUGCCGUAUUCUUCUGGCCAUCUGCUAAAUUCGAGAAGUACGGAGGUUUUGUCGGCAGCACAUUUGUCAUUGGCUGCGGUCUUGCUACCCUAGAAGUCGCAGCGAACUCUUACAUCUCGGUUUUGGGAACCCCUAAAUAUGCUGCAGCUCGGCUGAACUUCAGCCAGGGUUUUCAGGGUGUUGCCUCAUUUUCAGGACCCUUGAUUGCCGCCCGUUGGUUCUUCACCGGUGCAAAUGCGAACUCCCUCGGCACGGUGCAAUGGGUUUACCUCGCCGUCUCUGGACUCGGUGUUGUCCUCAACAUUUUGUUUUUGUGGAUUAUUAGCUUCGCUGAGCUGCCGGAAAUAAUAAGUGCUACUCCCGCAGAGGACCUUUCCGGAGAGCACGAAUCGUUUUGGAAGCAAUAUCACUGCCUAUUCGGAUGGGUUGCACAAACAGCUUAUGUGGGAGCACAGGUCGGCGUUGCGGCCUUCGCUGUGAACUACUUUGAGGACCAGGGAGUUGGUAUCAGCGCGUCAAGGGCCAGCGAUCUGUUCUCAUUCUGCCAGAUCACAUUCACUGUAGGCAGGUUUGUCGGUGUAGUGGUGCUAAACUUCAUCGAUCCCGCAUUCUUACUCGCGUGCUAUGGCGGUUUCUGCACUCUCUUCUGCAUUUUAGUAUCGCAGUUACCCGGGUACGGAGGUGUUGCGUGUUUAUUCCUCUUGUUUUUCUUCGAAUCAAUCUGCUACCCUUGCAUCUUCACUCUUGGUACGAAAAACCUCGGUAUUCAUACCAAACGAGGUUCGGGGCUUAUCGUCAUGGGUGUCGGGGGCGGCGCGUGGUACCCACCUGCGCAAGGCGCCUUAGCCGACAAGGCUGACACUCGACGUUCGUAUCUUGUACCGAUGUCUGGUUACAUUGCCAUGACUAUGUAUGCCGUUGGCCUUGUCAUUCACCAAGCAACAAAAGACGGGUUUACGAUCCGCAACCGCAACGUACAAGUCGAUACUCACUCACCAGCGGAGGUCCUCAGGCGUGACAGCACGGAGAAACAGACUGCCAACGACGAAUUGCUGAAGUCGACAUAA